CGAAUGCAUUAUCAGACGUAGAAGCCAUCCUUGGUUGCCUUUUUCUUUCACAUUUUACUUCCGGCAACAGCAGAUCUGAAAAUGAAGAUCGACGGCGGUAGACGCGAUCGCGACGAAGACGGGGAUGAGCUCGUUCUGAGCCGACCUGCCAAGCGGCAGACAACGCUCGUUAGUAAAAUCAUGACCCGUGGUACUACUCUUUUUCAUCCCUCCAACCUCUUCCUGCGCUUCCUCCCCAGAUUCAUUCGCCCCCAUCUGUUCUACCCGCCCUGGCCGUCGUCGUCGCUGGACAUAGUUCCUCCUUCUCCUUCCUCCACUCCUUCUUCGUCGCUUGUUCUGCCUCCGAAGCACGACGUCUUCAUCAGCUUCAGAGGAAGCGACGUUCGCGAUACCUUCCUCAGCCAUCUCUACUCCUACCUGAAACGCCAUAAGAAAUUCGCCGUCUACAAAGACGAUUCAGAUCUCGAAAGAGGAGAGGAGAUCUCUCCGUCGCUGUUGGAUGCGAUCGAGAGAUCCGCGUGCUACAUCGCGAUUUUCUCUCCCAAUUAUGCCGAUUCACCGUGGUGCUUGGACGAGCUCGUGAGGAUCCUCGACUGCUGUCAACGGUACGGACGGCGGGUAGUUCCGGUGUUCUACGGGGGCGUGGAUCCUUCUCACGUGGAAAAUCAAACUGGAAGCUACCGGAAGCUUCCGAAGGAGGAGACGGUUGGCAAAAUUCGGAGUUGGAAAGCUGCGUUGAGUAACGCAGCCGCCAUUUCGGGCUUCGAUUCACGAGUUACCAGACCUGAAUCAAAACUAAUUGAGGAAAUUUAUAGAGCUGUGCUACAAGCUCUAUCCGCUCAAAUGGUACCAGCUUCAUAUUCCAAUGUGGGUUUGGUGGGAAUAGAGAGGAGGAUGAAUGAGAUCGAACAGUGGGUAACUAGUGGGAGUAAAAAUUUGACUAUAGGACUGUGGGGGACCGGUGGCAUCGGGAAGACAACUCUUGCGAAGGCUUUCUAUGAUAGAUUUUCCAGUCAAUUCGAAGUUUUGUAUUUCUGGAGUGACUUCUCAGACCAAUUAAGUGCUUCAUCGCAUUUGCGUGAUGGCUUGCAGAAUGAUUUCUUCUCUAGAUUGUUGGGUGAUGAGAAUGCGGGGAGAAUAUCUCGGGAUUUGAAAGACUAUCGGCUUGGCCGUACGAGGGCUUUGGUUGUCAUUGAUGAUGUGGGCGAUGAUGUUGGAGACAUCAGACACUUGAACAAUUUGUUUAACGGACGAUAUUGUGACUUAUUUGCACCGGGAAGUAUAAUUAUCCUGACAAGCAGGAACAAACAAGUGCUUAAAAACGUGUGUCAUUACGUUUAUGAAGUGGCGGCUCUUGAUCAACAUGAAGCUCUACUGUUAUUCUGCCUCAGUGCAUUCAAAGAGCAUUGUCCUCCAAUCCAGUAUAAGAACUGGUCCAAGAGAGCUAUCACUUAUGCGGAGGGUAACCCCUUAGCUCUCACUACUCUAGGCUCGCAUUUGUAUGGCAGGGACCAAAACUUUUGGGGUAUCGAGUUGAGAGCCUUGGAGCGUCACCCAAAUCAAAGUCUUGAAAAAGUCUUUCGGAGGAUUUAUGAUGGACUAGGUCAAAUAGAGAAAAAUGCAUUCCUUGAUAUUGCAUGUCUUCAUGGUCGAUCCGAGGUUUCUGUCAAGGAGUUGGAAAGACUAUUGGAUGGAAACUAUGUUGAACAUGGUGGGAGUGAAAACCUUAUUACUAAAUUUGUUGACAAGUCUAUGUUAAAAGCCGACAGUAUUUCUUCUUCUUCUUCUUAUGUACAAAUGCAUGGGUUGCUGGUUGAUUUGGGCCGUAGCUUUGUCAAUGAAAAGCUCCGACUUGAAAAACGUUCAUGGCUGUUUGAAGCUCAAGACAUAUAUAGUUUCUUCAAACAAGGCAAGGGAAGUAAAGUCACCCGAGGCAUUUGUUGGGAUAAAUCCCGUGGUGUGUCGGGGAUAGAGGCAAUACACAUGCAAUCUGAUGCUUUUGUGAAGUUGGAAAAUCUUAGAUACCUUGUGAUACGUCAAUCUGACACAAAAUUGGUUCUUUCUAAAGACGGUUUGAGAUACCUACCGAAUUCAUUGGUAAUUCUUAUUUGGGACUCAUUCCCAAUGAGAUGUUUACCAUAUGAAUUUUGUCCGGAGAAUCUUACGACACUGUCUUUGCCUUCAAGCAACGUAGAACAACUUUGGGACGACAUGCAGAAUGUGGAUUUAAGAAAUUUGAAGUUCCUUGAUCUAAGGGAAUCCAAAUACUUGAAGAAGUUGCCUAAUCUCUCUACGGCUAAAAGACUGGAAGAAAUCAAUCUUAAUUUCUGUGUAGGCUUAGUGGAGCUUCCUCUAUCGAUUUUGCAUCUGCCCAAACUGGAAGACCUCCAUUUAAAAGACUGUACCAGCUUGGAGUUGAAUGCAUAUGGAUAUUACACAGAUGUCAACAAGAACGAUGAUAGGGCUGCUGCUGCCAUUUUUCCAAAACUAAAACUAUUGAACCUAUCCGGGACAUCAAUUCAAAACCAGAAGUUGGAGGAGCUGGAGAAGUUAACGGGGUGUGAUGAAAUUUCGGCCAAUGAUCAAGUGCUUGUUCAUUUCUGUGAUAUAAUUUUUCAGUCGAAAGCUCUUGUUCGGAUCUUUUUAUCUUGCUGCAUCCGGCUGAAGGAACUUCCAGAAAUAUUGGUGCCCAUGGAAGCUUUAUCACAUCUUCAUCUAUAUGGGUGCACCAAUCUAUCACGACUUCCAGAUAGCAUUUCCAAUCUGGUACAACUGAAAGAGCUUAGUCUGUCCCGUACCGCAAUCCAAGAGCUGCCAGCCACCAUUGGAGAUCUCGCAUGCUUGGAAAUACUGAAUCUCAAUUACUGCACAAGUCUCAACCACCUCUGUGGCACCAUUCACAAGCUAUCCAAAUUGUACCGCCUCGAGUUGUCUGGUUGCAGUCACCUCAGUCACUUACCGGAGCUUCCUUCAUCCUUGACAGAGUUGAACGCAUAUGGCUGCACCGCACUUCAAACCAUGUCAACUAGCGGCUUGAGUAAACAUAACUUCUUGAUGUGUGAAUGGAAUUUUGGAAACUGUGGAAAGCUGGAUUCAGAUGUGUGCAGCAUGCUUUUCAAGAAGUUCACUCAAGAUGCAUUAGGCACGCGUACGAAAUGGAAUUAUCAUCGAUGGCUCUUACUUCCAAGAGGUUGGAGUAGUCCUGAUGGAUGGAGGCCUUCUGGGCUUAAUUCAGUGGUGACAGCCACACUUGGUCGCCUUUGGCAGUUGAAGGGACUAAUAUAUUGUGCUUCAUUCGAUAGCAAAUUUGUCUCAUUUGCUACAUUCAGAGUUGACUGUCACAAUUUGUCUAGCACUGGCGGGGGGGAUGUCAUAACUGCGAGUUCUUGCACGGUGAUUCCAAUACAGUGUAAAGACCUUGAUUCAGAAGAUGACCGGGGAAGUAACCUAUUAAUAUGGUAUGAUUCUAGGCUUAACUGGAUGAAGGAGGCGGCUUUAGUACCUCUGGAUUCUUCUUCCGCAGGUCUGGAGAUCACAGUUACAGAUGAUGCUACCAUUAAAUUCGUCUUUCAGGCCAAUGGCAGAGCCUUUCUCAAGGGAGGUGGUUCCGUUGAAGUACGAAUCAUUGAGGAGACUUGUGGGGUAAUACCGGUUUACGAGAACAGGGAGAUAAUAAUAAUAGAUGAUGACGACAGUUGAUCUCCAGAGAGCCUCCUCGAGACAAUAUUGUUACAGAUCACAGGACAGCUGAAUUGAUGAAAGGAAAUUUUUAUGCCGGUAUACGAUUAGUUGUUCUUUUCUUGUUCUAGUCCUCCUGUGUUGUAAUGAACUCAAUUCUAUCGCGCUUCACCGGCAGUUAUAAGUACUGGUUGAUCGAGCUUACCUUGUUCUCGCUACUGCCAAAACCAGUUUUGGUUCCAACUUCAAACUUCUCCUUUUAAGUAGUGCAGGGUAACACAAAUCAGAAUAUUUCAUCAUCAGUAAGCCGUGCAAUAAUGUCAAAGCCGCACUUGCUUGGUCCGGAAAUGUGAGUAUAGGUGUCAAUCGGGCGGGUUUGGGCUGGGUUCAAUCGGGUUCGGGUUUAAAUGGGUUGCGGGUUAGUCGGGUUGCGGGUUCAUCGGGUUCGGGUUCAUAGGGUUCGGGUUCAAACGGGUUGCGGGUUAGUCGGGUUGCGAGUUCAUCGGGUUCGGAUUCAAUCGGGUUGCGGGCAAAUCGGGUUUUGGGUCGGGCGGGUUGCGGGCGGAUCGGGUUUCGGGUUGUUCGGGCCAGCGCAUCAAGUAGCUUAACUCAUUACUCAUUACAUUAAUUUAAAAUAUUUUCUCAACUUUUUAACCAAUUUAUUUCUACCUCGUAUAUAUAUACUUUAUUUUUUUUUAAAAAAACUAGUCAAAAUGUUAAAUCAAUUUGUAUGACUUGCAAACUUGUUAUGUAAUUAAUCAUAAUUGGUAAAGUAUUAUAGCUAAUAGUAAUGGUGAUAUCAAUAUUUGCAACCAAAAGACACCAUUAAUUAUUUAUUUGAUAUUUUAGUAUUAAUUCAGUAGUAAUUGGAUUAAAGUAUCUCGUUUAAUAUAACCAUGCAAAUUUGGUAUUUGGUGUGUGCUAUUUGGCAAAAGCAUAGUGAUAAAAGGAGUUAUUUCGAAAUAACUGAUUGCCCAAAUAACUUCAGUAAACUGUUGCCAAACGAGUUAUUUGUAAAAUUGUUUGAAUUAUCCUAAAAAUUGAACCAUUAAAGAUUAGCUAUCAAAUUUAGUAAAAUUAUUAUGACUUCAAUCAUAACUUACUCAAUAGCAUAUAUCCUAUACACUUAGCCUUACCCUCAAUCAACAAUAUUAAGUUAGUAUAUGUUGUUGAUUGUAUACCCUAAACCAUCAAUACAUUAUAUACUAACCGCAUAACCUAUACCCUAUACCCUAACCAUAUGUCUUUGAGUUGUGAUUUUGCUAGUAUAGUUAAUUUAAAAGUGAAAUUCAUACUUUGAUUUUCAAAACAUAGAUAAAAAGUGAUAUUUGCUAAUUGUUAUACCCUAACCAUAUAUCCUAUACUUUACCCCACAUACCUUGUAUUCUAACCACGUCCCAUGAACAUAAAUUAAAAAGGGAUUUCCUGCCGUUAAAUACUUCAAAUGACUUCAAGUGAACAUAUGUUAAUAAAAAACUUGGAACCGU